GAAAAACAUCGCAAUCGCCAUAUUUGAUUGUUAACCACGUCAGAACAGUUGAGUGCACUAGAAAAUUGUGAAAAUCUUGCGUUUUUAGUGAUUUUUUGUAAGUGAAAACUCUAAGGAUAAUCAUGGCAGAUCCAAAGAAUCCGGAUGAUUUGGCUACGGCUAUUCUGAAACGCAAGGAUCGCCCCAAUCGUCUGCUGGUGGAGGAGGCUGUCAACGAUGACAAUUCCGUGGUGUCUCUGUCUCAGGCCAAGAUGGAUGACUUGGGCCUAUUCCGUGGGGACACGGUGCUGCUGAAGGGAAAACGCCGGAAGGAGACUGUGUGUAUUGUGCUGUCGGAUGAGAAUUGUGCCGAUGAGAAGAUCCGGAUGAAUCGUGUGGUGCGGAAUAAUUUGCGUGUCCGUUUGUCGGAUGUCGUGGCCAUUCAAUCGUGCCAGGACAUUAAGUAUGGGAAGCGUUUGCACAUCCUCCCGAUUGAUGAUUCGGUGGAGGGAUUGACGGGAAAUUUGUUUGAGGUGUACCUCAAGCCCUACUUCCUGGAAGCCUAUCGGCCAAUCCACAAAGAUGAUAAUUUCAUUGUGCGCGGUGGAAUGAGGGCAGUUGAAUUUAAGGUUGUUGGCACUGAGCCUUCGCCGUAUUGUAUUGUGGCUCCGGAUACUAUUAUCCAUUGCGAUGGGGAGCCCAUUAAGCGUGAGGAGGAGGAGGAAGCACUGAAUGCUGUUGGGUAUGAUGACAUUGGAGGCUGUCGCAAGCAAUUGGCGCAGAUUAAGGAAAUGGUGGAAUUGCCACUGCGUCAUCCGUCGCUCUUCAAGGCAAUCGGGGUAAAGCCACCACGUGGGAUUUUGAUGUAUGGGCCCCCGGGGACGGGAAAGACCCUUAUUGCACGGGCUGUAGCCAAUGAGACCGGAGCAUUUUUCUUCCUGAUCAAUGGCCCAGAGAUCAUGAGUAAACUGGCCGGAGAGUCAGAAUCGAACUUGAGGAAGGCAUUUGAGGAGGCUGAGAAGAAUUCUCCAGCCAUUAUCUUCAUCGACGAAUUGGAUGCUAUUGCACCAAAGCGUGAGAAGACUCAUGGCGAGGUCGAAAGGAGGAUUGUGAGUCAGUUGCUGACAUUGAUGGAUGGCAUGAAGAAGAGUAGUCAUGUUAUUGUCAUGGCAGCCACCAAUCGGCCCAAUUCAAUUGAUCCGGCUCUUAGGCGUUUUGGCCGUUUCGACCGGGAAAUAGACAUUGGCAUUCCCGAUGCUACCGGGCGAUUGGAAGUUUUGCGGAUUCACACGAAGAAUAUGCGCCUGGCAGAUGAUGUAGAUCUCGAGCAGAUUGCUGCAGAGAGUCAUGGACAUGUAGGAGCUGAUUUGGCUUCCCUCUGCUCCGAAGCAGCUCUCCAGCAGAUCCGUGAGAAGAUGGAUCUCAUUGAUCUGGAAGAUGAUCAGAUUGAUGCUGAAGUGCUGAAUAGUUUGGCUGUGUCCAUGGACAAUUUCCGCUAUGCCAUGACCAAGUCCAGUCCAUCGGCACUGCGUGAGACCGUAGUGGAGGUGCCCAAUACCACUUGGGCGGACAUUGGUGGCUUGGAGAAUGUGAAGAAGGAACUGCAGGAAUUGGUUCAAUAUCCCGUUGAGCAUCCAGAUAAAUUCCUCAAAUUCGGCAUGCAACCAUCACGCGGAGUGCUCUUCUAUGGGCCACCGGGAUGUGGUAAGACUCUCCUGGCCAAAGCUAUAGCCAAUGAGUGUCAGGCCAAUUUUAUCUCGGUCAAGGGUCCCGAACUCCUGACCAUGUGGUUUGGUGAGUCUGAAGCCAAUGUACGUGACAUCUUUGACAAGGCACGCUCAGCUUCACCCUGUGUCCUGUUCUUUGACGAACUCGAUUCCAUUGCCAAGAGUCGUGGUGGGAAUUUGGGCGAUGCUGGAGGAGCAGCUGAUCGGGUGAUCAAUCAGAUCCUCACGGAAAUGGAUGGAAUGGGCGCCAAGAAGAAUGUCUUUAUUAUUGGGGCAACAAAUCGUCCGGAUAUAAUUGAUCCGGCCAUUUUGCGUCCCGGACGUCUCGAUCAGCUCAUCUACAUUCCACUCCCGGAUGAGAAGUCACGUGAGGCCAUCCUCAAGGCUAAUUUGCGCAAGAGCCCAAUUGCCAAGGAGGUGGAUCUCAACUACAUUGCAAAAGUCACUCAGGGAUUCUCAGGAGCUGAUCUCACGGAGAUCUGCCAGAGGGCUUGCAAAUUGGCCAUCAGGCAGGCCAUUGAGACGGAGAUAAGGCGCGAAAAGGACAGGGCUGAGAACCAGAACAGCGCAAUGGAUAUGGAUGAAGAAGAUCCAGUUCCGGAGAUAACUCGUGGUCACUUUGAGGAAGCAAUGAAAUUUGCUCGCCGUUCUGUCUCGGACAACGAUAUCAGGAAGUACGAGAUGUUUGCUCAGACACUUCAGCAAUCUCGUGGCUUUGGCACAAAUUUCAGAUUUCCGUCGGGAAGUGGCUCAUCGUCACAAGGUCCUGGACAGAGUCAGCCGCAAAAUCGUCCGGAAGAUAAUGGAGACGAUGAUCUCUACAGUUAGACGACAUUUUAUUCAUCUCAUGCUCGCCUCCAAAUGGGAGAAAAAAAACUUUCAUCUUGAGUUCUCUUCUGCCCAGGAAGAGAAAAGCGCGAUUGAUAAACCCAUGAUAGGUUUCUUUUUGUUUAGUUUUUUUUGUCAUCUUUUUUUUUUGUAAAAGAAUACCCACAAAGCAUCUGGAUGGAGAUAAAGAGGAGAGACAGAUGAACUAGCCUGUAAGGAGUUCUUUUUCCACACACAAAAAAAAUAUUCUUAGACUUUCUCUAGAGGGUAAUUUGCAGAAUUUUUGCGUAAUUUAAACAAUUAUAUUUCCAAUUUGAGAAUAAAGAGUAAUAAAAUGAA